AUUGGCCAAAAGCCGGAUUGCACCAACUCAAACCAACAACAACGAAUUACAUAUUUUUACUUAUCCUUAGUUUAUAAUUUCUAAUCCGUGGAUUUUUAAGUCAAUAACUAAUUGUAACUGUUUAUUGUAAUCUUCUGUUUGACCUCUUUGCGAGAUAAGUCCGCUGUGAUCGUUUCACCGUUGACGGUUUUUAUCUGUGUCUGCAACACGGUGUUUCAAAGUCCUUAUCAUCCAUGUUAUCUCACUCAUCUCACAAAUUGACUGCUUUUAUUAUGUCCCUUUCUGUAACAAUGAAGCUGCUGCAAGAAUAAAUUCAGCAUAUAGUGGCUGUAAUUUUGUAGACAUCAUUUAAUUUCACAAAUAAAGCUUCAAAUUUCAUUGUUUCAGAAAUUGAAAUCGAAAUAGCUCUCUUCAUGUCGAGUGAGAGUUGAGAACACACAUAGUAACGUAGCUUCUAAGUUGUGGCAAUCAAAUGUUCCGAAACCUCUCCAUGAAGAAAACAAGCCUAAAGGCCAAAAGUCAGAAUGCAUCUAGCACUAGUUCCAAACAGAUGAAACUUGACUCUUUUUUUAACAAGAAGCACUCUCCAAAUAAAGAGAAUCUAAAAGACAACCAAUCAUCAAUUGUAAGUUCAACUCCUUUUUUGUGCCUCUCUGACAAGCAUGGAGAUGAAUCAGUAAUUGACUCCAGCAUAACAAUAUCAAAAGAGAUCGCAAGUAAAAGUGAAGAUUUGCACAUAGCUAGGAAGGAUAGCACAGAAGUAAGUGCUCUAAGAAAUAAGAAACGAAAAUCCAGUGGCCUAUUGGAUUUAAAGGACUUUUCUGAAGAUGAAUCUUUUGUUGAAAGUAGUUUGAAAGAGCCCAAUGUCUCAUGCCACUCGAAAACCAAGAAAAUCAACUUAGACAUUUCAACUAAGCGCGAUGCUAGCAUUAGUUUUCCUUGGAAAGACUUCAAAGAAUCAAAUGUUUCCAAUAAGGAAACAACAAUAGUAACUGACAAGAAACAUUCAAAAUUGAAGCACAAUAAGUGUCUUGCAAGACAGCAUAAGUCCGAACCAAAAUCUUUUUCAACGCUUGACUCCAACUGCACCACCAGUGAGAGUCCCUCUAAUCCUAAUGUUUCAAAUAGUCACAACAAAAAAUCAUCACAAAAUGAACAAAAUAAAAAAUUUCAAUCUCCAGAAAUCAAGAAAAAUAUUCCGAAAUCCUCUCCUAAAACAAAUGGAAAAGAUACACUCAGCUCUACUCCGAUGAGAGGAAAAAAACCCAAACCUGAUACUCCAUAUCCAUGCUUAAAACCAGCUUCCAAUAUCACUAGUAUUCUUUUUGAGUCAGUUAAAGACAGUAAGAGUCAAUCACCAAACACUAAACAAAAUGAUACUCGCAGUUUGUCAGAUUCAUCCAUUAAAAGUGUUAUCAGUGGAAGUCCUCAAAAUUCGAGUAAGAGCAAAAAAGAAUCACCUCUUGCUACAAAAAAUAAAAGCUUUCAAUCGACAGAAAGUGAUGGAAACAUGCCUAAAUCUACUCCUAAAAGGCGUGAAAAACCAGAGCACGAUACUCCGUAUCCGUCCUUGAGAUCAGUCUCAAAUAUCACCAGUAUUCUUUUUGAAUCAGUGGAGAAUGGCAAGAUUCAGCCGAGAAAUUCUGUAGCAGAUGAUGAUUGCUGUUUGUCAAAAUCUAUCUCCCAAAGUGCAUUACAAUUUCAAAUUGAAAGUGCUAACAAAAGCUCUCAACAUUCAAAUAUCUCAAGUAAUAGCAACAAGACAUCACCUUUAAAUGAAGGAAAUGAAAGAUUGCAAUCACCAAAAAGUUGUAAAGACAUUCCAAACCGUACUCCUGCAAGAAGAGAAAAAACGAAGCCUGAUACUCCAUAUCCUUUCUUGAAACCAGCUUCAAAUGUUACUAGCGUACUCUUCGAGACUACCAGUGACUGCAAGAUCCAAUCGGAAGAUCCAAAAUCUAGUAGCAACAGCUAUUUGUCAGGUUCAAACAUUGAAAGUGCAUUAAAAUCUCGAGCUCUUUUUUCAAAACUAAAAGUAAAUUCCAAGUCAGCAUCACCAAGUAGUCAUGAAACUCCGAAACGAAUUAGUACUGGCUCUUCCAUCCAACAUAAAAAAAAUGAGCCCAUCAUGAGGAAAAGUAUUCUAAAUUCAAGUGAGCCUUUAUUCGAAGACACACCUUUAAAAUCCUGUCAAAUCUCAAUGAAUGUCUGCAAAGCUGAAAGUGUAUCUGAAAGCGAGUCUAGUCCCAUGUUUAUGGAUUCUCAGUCUGAGCUGAACCGAAAAGGAAACAGUCUUACUAAGCAAUCAGGAAAUGAUAGUUUAUGGAGUGCUUCCUCUGGAUACAAUACCCGAGUUAUGUUUGAUAGUCCUGUUGAAACCAAUUCUGCCACUAAAUCGUUUUCAGACUCAUCAUUUCCAAGCAUCAUUUCCUGUACUGUUGGCAGUAGUGGCACUGUCUUUUUAACUCCACCAGAUACUGCCAAUUUUUCCAGCAAUGUGGAUGAAAUGUCACCAAGGAAAAAUCAGUGUGAAUCGAAAAGUGCCGAAAACAAUUUACUUGUCUCAGUCCCACAACACCCAUGUUCAGCCGUCAAAACUCAAGUAUCCAGGGUAGGGACAGAAGCUUUGGAAGCUACUUUAAAUAGAAGUUGUGACUCUAUUGUUGAAAGCUCUCAGCCUGAUUCAGCAGCUACCAGUAUGAAGGAUAAGAUGGCUGAUGAAGUCCUCUGUGAUGGUUUUGAGGAGGAUUUAAUAUUCGAUGAUUGGGAUUUCAGCUCACAAAAUCUGAGCAAACCAUUGAUGCUCGAAACGAUGAAACGGUGCAAAAUUACUGACAUUCAGUCUUCAAAUUGUGAAAAAUCAAUCAGUGUUCAGUUGUGCGAAGAUGAGAGUGCUCAGACUGUUUGCAAGUUGAGAGAAGCCUGGUAUCACACAAACUUGUCAGUCAGCAAUAUUGUAAAUAUUAUGGCGGAAUACAGGGAAAAUGAGUGGAUCAUAGACAACACCAAUGGACUUCUAAUCCUUAGUCCUGAUACUUUAAUCUCUGGCACCACUCUCAUGGGCUCCAUGUUCUGUCGACGACGAGCGGUUCUUGCCAACUCCUUCCCGACUGUUGAAGCUGGUGCCAAAUGUAUGGUCAUUGGUAGUUCUGUGCAUCUGCUGCUUCAAAAAGUCAUGCAGAAUAAUAUCCGUUGUGUGAAAAAAAUUCAGCAGAUAAUUGAAGAGAUAGUCUCUGACCCAGGUUUAAUUCAUCAGCUUCUCUUGUCGGAAAUGGAGUUUGAAGAAAUGAAGAGAGAGCUUUCCAAUUUUUCUCCAAACAUUUUGGAUUUUAUGGAAACUUAUGUUUUUCCUAAAAAGGGGAGCAAUUCAGGGAACAUGUGGAAUGGAAAAAUCACCUCAAUCAAAGACAUUGAGGAGAAUAUAUGGUCGCCUACGUUUGGAAUGAAAGGCAAAGUGGACGUUACAGUGGAAGUGAAUGCAGGUGGGCAGAAAAAAAUUAUGCCAUUUGAAUUGAAGACCGGUAAGAGUUCAAAUUCAGCCGAACAUCGAGGUCAGGUAAUUCUGUACGUAAUGAUGAUGGCUCAGCUUGGUUAUGACACAGACUCAGGUCUCCUGUUCUAUUUGAAGGAUGGUCAGAUGAAGGACGUCAAAGUUGACCACAAAGUGAAAAGGGACAUCAUGAUGUUGCGCAACGAUUUUGUCCACAAUAUCAUGUCAAGUCAAAAGAUUGCUUUUGAUGAAGAUGGAUCAAUAAGUGGGCCUAUCUUACCAGGACCCAUCAACCACCACAGUGCCUGUGCGAAGUGUCCUUAUCUAACACUUUGUUGUGCUACAUUAGCGGACAAUGGAAUGAGAGGUGUACACCCAAAAAACUCACUUACAAAUUUAGCCACAACUGCUUUGGGCCAUUUGAAGUCCUCACAUAUUUCAUACGUUUUUCACUGGGCUGGCCUAUUGAAAAUAGAGGAGGCAGAUAAAAAAUCCAGGAAUACUUCAGGUAUGAAAGACUUAUGGUGUCUAAGUGCAGAAAAAAGAGAAGAGACAGGCAUGUGCGUAGCAAAUUUGUCUCUAUCCAAAGUAGACCAUGUCGGUGAUACAUUUAUCCAUACUUUCAAGUUCCCAAAUCCGAACAUUUCCAAUAAUUUCACCACGGGAGACUAUGUAAUCAUUAGCUCUAAGUCACGCCCGGCUGUAGUUACUGGAAGCAUAGUGAGUACCUCUGAGCAUGCAGUCUCAAUCAGCUUAGAUAAAGAUCUCCGUUUGCGAGAGGAAAAAAUAUUUCACAUGGACCGUUAUGAAUCGCAGACAUUGUUGAACUUCAAUAUGUCAAGUUUGUGUGCAUUACUGAAUGAUUCACCUAGAGCUGGCCAGUUACGUCAGGCAAUAGUCGAACUAAAGUUACCUAGCUUCAACAAUGUUUCUCCUGCUCUACCUUCUAAUUUAACGAAGAAGCUAAAUAAUGGUCAAAAGAAAGCUGUAAUGAGAGCUUUCCAGGCUGAAUCUUAUAUGCUAAUAGAGGGCAUGCCUGGUUGUGGCAAAACUGAAACUCUAGCUUCUCUAGUCAAGCUCCUCGUUAAAAAUGGCAAGAGUGUCCUAGUCACGAGUCAUACUCACUCAGCCGUUGAUAACUUGGCACUCAGGCUUCAAGAUCUUGAUUUAUUGAGGCUUGGUAAGAAGGCCAAGAUCAAUCCGUCCUUGCACAGAUUUUCUGAAGAGGUCCUACUGUCAAAAUCUAAGUAUAAAACAGUUGAGGAUGUUAGACAGCUUUAUUUGAGUAAAUCUAUCAUUGCCGUGACCGUUCUGGGUUGCUCGCAUCCUCUCUUUAGUUUUCGUAGGUUUGAUGUAUGUAUUGUUGAUGAGGCAACUCAGGUGUUGCAGCCGUCAACGCUUAAACCAUUAAUUGCUGCAGAUAAGUUUAUCUUAGUCGGUGAUCCUUUGCAGUUACCCCCUCUUGUUCUCAGUGAUUCUGCUAGAUCUCUUGGGCUAUCGGAAAGCCUUUUUGUUCGACUGAGUCGCCCUGCUGUAACAGUUAUCCUCAACACGCAGUACCGAAUGAACAGUCGGAUCACAUCAGUAGCCAACCAGUUUAUGUAUCAGGGGGCUCUAAAGUGUGCCAACGAAUCAGUUGCAAAUAACACCUUGAAUCUUUCAUCAGAUGUUUCCGGCCCGUUGUGGUUGGAACGAGCGCUGUCUUGCAAAUUGGAGCAUUCAGUGGUUUUUGUCGAUAUCAGAGAUUCGAAUUCUGAUGGUGAAGUCUUUGAAAGCCCCACUGAGGCUAAAGUUUUAAUGAUUGCUCUUGAAUCAAUGAGGAGCAAAGGUAUAUCGGAUGAAUCGAUUGGUGUGAUUGCAGCAUACCGGGCACAAGUUAAUCUCCUUUGUCGUUUGACGGAGGAGAGAAAAUUUAAAAUUGAGGUCAACACUAUCGAUCAGUACCAGGGAAGGGACAAAGAUAUUAUUUUGUUUUCAUGCUCGGCACGUGCAAGUGCUUCAGAUGGAGGAAUCCUUAGCAGUAAGCAGAGGUUAUCAGUCGCAAUCACGCGUUCAAAACAAAAGCUAAUAUUUUUUGGAAACUCAACUUUGCUGAAAACUUACAAGACGUUUGAACGAAUUCUAGAAUGUAUUGGUGAUGAUUGUAUCGUGAGGGCAUAAUUUCUAGUUUUCCCUCCUUUUAAAAGGUUUACAAUUCCACUCCCAACAUUUUUUAGUGAAAUACUGCUCAUAAAAUGUAAUUUUAUCAAAUUUUAGUGUAUAUUUGUCUAUUUUAUUCAUAUUCACUGUGCAUUUUCAUCCAUCAACUAGAUCUUGAGAUAGAUAUCUUUUUUUAUCUCUUAUCUACUUUUCAUCAUUUUAAUAUUUAGAUAUUUUAUCCUUGCAUCCGCCUGUAUGAGUGUGUUAGGAAUAUUAAAUAAUCUUUGAAGUUGUAUUAGAGUUCAAGAAAAUGAAUAUCAGAUAGCUUCAGAUUCUCUCGCAGGGUUGUGAUCAUUUGUUCCAUUUUCUCAAAGAGAAACUACGAAAUUCAUCUCCUCUGCUAUUUCCUCUGCAUUAUUGAUGCUGAAAAGCAAUCUAAAGUGUGAAGUAGAUGUAUUGUUACAUUAUUCAGGUCCUUGGCUAGCAACUCUUUUGUCAUUAUUCUUAUCAUUGUUCAGGUCCAUUUUAACGAAUCUACUGGCAAUGCAUACAGCAGCCUUUUGUUUGAUUAUCUCAGUUCUGAUGAAAGCUGGGAAUUUUUUUAGGUAUUUUGAUCUGCAAUGGUUUCAUUGGGUGAUCAUCUUGGCCGUCAUGAAUUUUCUUACGAAGUAUAGGUUUGGCCUUGUUACCCUUUGAAACCAUAAGUGAUCAGGUGGAUAAUCUUAAAUUUACAUAUCGAUAAUUGAGGCCAAUUGCGUUUUUUGUAUACUGUAAAAUGGUAUUUUAUGUGUAAAAUAUGACAGGCGUUAGUUAAUUAGUGUGAAUAUAUUUACUGUUUAAUUGUGAUAGUCCUAUAGUUAAUCAGCUCAACUUUCUCUUCUUGAUUCCCUUGUUUACACUGUUUAAAGAUGGAGUAUCUUUUUUUCUAAAUCUACUGUCAUCUUAAUUAUAAACCUACGCACACUGGUUCUAAAAAUUUAAUGUUUUUUCUCACAAAAGUGUAGUAAAAUAAAUUUUUCUUAUGUUAGUAAAA